AUGCUGGACCUAAAAACUCUUGAAAAAAUGCAUCAACAACGCUGUGGAAAUCCAGAUGUUGGUGACAUUGAAAUCCAAAAAAGAAGCAAAGAUGUUCGUAGAAGGAACAAACGCUAUGUUCUUGAAGGAUCAUUUUGGAGUGGUAGCAAUAUAACAUACAGAAUUAUUCGUUAUACAACUUCAAUGAACAGACACAGAGUACGGUAUAUACUCAAAAAAGCUUUUAAAGUUUGGGCUGAAUAUUCAAAUCUUAAUUUUAUUCACAGAGCUAGAGGCCGACCACAUAUCGAAAUAUCCUUCUUAAAGGGUCCGCAUGGUGAUGACGAGCCCUUUGACGGACAAGGUCAGAUUCUGGCACAUGCAUUUUUCCCUCGUUUUGGAGGAGAAAUUCAUUUCGACGACGAUGAAUGGUGGAGUCCUGUAAAAUAUUCGCGGCAUAUUAUGUACGCAUACGACAUCCCUCAAGUUCCUCCCGCUAUUCAGCAUACAACUUUAGCACAAGGGAUUGACUUCUAUGCAGUAGCCGUACACGAAAUUGGUCAUGCACUAGGAUUAAAACAUUCUGAGAACCAUCGUGCAAUAAUGGCUCCAUUUUAUCAAACUUACAAGGGAGACACGAUUCAUUUGCACAGAGAUGACAUUCGUGCAAUAAAUCAUUUGUACGGGACAUGGGAUAACAAAGGAGCGAAUCUUGAAGAAGAGAAGGAUGAAUUACCAAACAUCUGCACAGACGCUACUAUUGAUGCAAUAACCAUUCUUGGAAACCAAACAGCUUACGUAUUCAAAGGCCUCUACUACUGGCGGCUCAACAAACAUGCAACUGAAAAAGGAUAUCCAAGAAUGAUUGCAGAUGACUGGAACGGAAUCACCGGUCCCAUUGAUGCAGCUGUAACUGAUCGGGAUGGUGAUACAUUCCUAUUUGAGGGGCCGAAGUACUGGGUUUUGGACAAAAAUGGACAACUUCGAGGCGGGUAUCCUAAACUGAUAUCAAAAGGCCUCAAAGACAUGCCGUCAUAUAUUGAUGCAGCAAUGAUGUGGGCUUAUGACUACCAGCCGUAUUUUUUCCGAAGCGACAAAUACUGGAGAUAUUCAAGGCGUGGAAUGCCCAGAAACUAUCCGAAGUCAGUGAAAUCUAUAUUCAAAGGAUUCAAGAGACAGCCAGAUAGGAUAGAUGCAGCAGUUCAAUGGUACGACGGAAGGUCAUAUGUUUUUGCAGGUCAAGAGUACUACAGAUUAAAUGAAUGGAAGGUACUGCGUGCAGCUCACACUUACCCAAGAGAAACAGCCAACUGGUGGUUCGGAUGCGAUGGUCUUAAGCAUGUUCAAAAAUAA